AUGAUACCUUUCAAGGGACAGUCUUCGCUCAAGCAGUAUAUGCUCCUCAAGCCAGUAAAACGAGGAUACAAGGUAUGGUGUUUAGCAGAUUCAGAGACUGGCUAUGUCAUAAAAUUUGAUAUUUACACAGGAAAAUCAAAUGAUAGAUGUACAGAAAAUUCUCUGGGAGAGUGUGUAGUCAUUAGCCUCACUCAAGACCUGAAACAUAGUAACAGUAUAGUAGCGUUUGGCAACUUCUUCACCACAGUGAAUCUAAUGCAAAUGCUUUUGAACAAUGGAAUCUACUCUACAGGGACUGUCAGAGCUAACCGGAAAGGGCUUCCUUCAAUGAUGAAAGAUAAAUGUACCUUGAAAAGAAGAGAAUUUCAGUUUCAAUGCAAUUGUGGCAUUGAAGCUAUAAAAUGGAUGGACAACAAACCUGUCACUACUUUGACAACUUCAGACAAUCCUAGUGAUAUCACACUUGUCUCAAGAAAGAAUAAGGAUGGCACAAUCAGCAUGGUUACGUGUCCCACAGCUGUGGCAACAUACAAUACCAUAACGUGA